UAAGACCUCUUAGGUAUUAUUUAUCCCACGUGUAUUAUGUAUUUUAUAGUAUUUGCCGGGUUGGGGGGCAAAAAAACUGCAACUGCUUUCAGGUGGAACGAAACACUUGUUCCUAAGCGGAUUGCUUAUCUUGACGGAUACAACAAUGUACGCUUAUUUAGUUGUCUUCGUGAUUUUAUCGUAUUUAGCAUGGAUACGACAUAUUUAUUUUCAACACUUGCGAGCAUUGGUGAAGUCUUUAAAACGUGUGAUGAACAUAUCCACGGAGAGAGAAUUAAACAACGACAUCACUGCCCUAAUUCUCACUGCGCAUCCGGACGACGAAUGCAUGUUCUUUGCUCCGACGAUUAUACGACUCAGGGAGUUAAAUGUUAACGUUCAUUUACUCUGUUUAUCAGAAGGAAAUUAUUACAAUCAAGGACCAGAACGUCGACAUGAACUUCUCAGGAGCUGUGCCGUGCUGGGAAUACCAAACUCCAGAAUCACCAUAAUAGAUGAUGAUAAACUUCCAGAUGAUCCCAAAGCUGAAUGGAGCACUGCAUUGAUUUCCUCUGUCGUAGGAAAACACUUAAGAGCUCAAACCUUCAACCUGGUGCUGACUUUUGACGGGUCAGGAGUGAGUGGCCAUGCCAAUCAUGUAGCCAUUUAUACAGCUAUCAGACAUCUCAUCUCCACCGGAGAAGUGCCCAAGGAAUGCACCUUUCUCUCCCUGGUGACCGUUGGCCUCCUCAGGAAGUACUUCUCCUUCCUGGAGCUUCCCCUCAGCUGGCUGCUGCCAUCACAUCUCUGCCUUCUUGUUGGCUCAAAGGGAUACAAACGAGCCAAAGCCGCCAUGCUGUGUCAUGGCUCUCAGCUCUUGUGGUUCCGUCGCCUCUACAUCGCCUUCUCACGCUACAUGUUUGUGAACACAUUCCAGGUGAUUCCACGAGGACCGAAGAUCGCCAAGAUUUAUUAAAAGCUCACCUGUUUGUUACAUUUUAAAGUCUACUGACUGGAUCCUUCGACAAGACUGAUUUGACACAGUUUCUGGUGUAUUUUUGAUACUUUAUGAUGUCAAACAUUCCUAAAAGUUACAGUUUUUUGAAAAACAUUAUUGUGCUUGAAUGUAACAAAGUGUAAAAGAACACUAAAUACUUGAAUAUGCUUACAGAUUGAAAUAAUAAAGGCCUUUGUUGGGGGUUUACUCUUU